CGAAUUGACGGAGGAGACAUUAUGAUGUAGCAAAGGACGCGAACGUCAGGAACGUGGAAGGACAUUGCAAAAAGCAAACAUGUAUAAAUUCUUAUUGAGGUCUGUUUACGUGACUCGAAGUUCCCCGAAUGGAAUUUACGAAUCGUUUUUGUUAUCAACUGAGUGCAACAAGGCUUUCGCUCCAGUUUUAAGGCUUAAAAAAGGAUAUGGAGACAAAGCUUUCAGCACAAGUUCCAUCAGUCUUUGUGAUGAUGAUCAUAGUGAGAAAAGAAAUGCAGAUAAAGUGACUGACCAAACCAAAAGCUCACCUGUGGUUACACAGAAAGAUAAAGAUGAUGCCAAAGUCUCCAACAUAGAUGACCAAAGUGAGAAGCCAGUGACGUUGAAAACAAAUGAUGGAGACUCGGCAAAACAGCAGAUGGAAGUUAAAGUGGAGCACAUUAGGGAAAUCCCUAAACAGGAAAAUACUGAUGCACCCCAAAGUGCAAAGAUGAGUCUUUUGAACCUUAUUGGAGCCAUGAAGGUGGAUGUUACCGCCAAAAGGAACCUCAAAAAAUUAAAAGCAAAGCAAAAUCCUAAACCUGGUCCUAAGGCAAUGCCAGCAGAUAUGGAGAGUACCGUCAGUAUGUUUCAGAAAGCCAAAAUGGAGACUUUAUCCCAGAGCGAAACACUAGAUCCCAAACUAGUGGAAGCUGCAGCUGCCGCUGCCUCCACCAUGCCGAAUCGGACCCGGGCAGAGUCUGACCUGCUCAGGCAGUUGAGGCAGCAUGAAGCCAUUACUGAUGCUCAGAAGAAAGGUGACAUGAACAAUUUGGGAGUAAUUAUUGCUGACAUGAAAGUAGGAAAGAAUCUCAACCAACAGAAGGCUUGGUCAACUAAUCCAAUCAGGUUUGACGAAGAUGGGCAAGGUUAUACACAUGACAGAGGAAUCACUACUGAACUGGAUUCAGUGCGGCGAAGGAGCAGUUUGUACACCGGGAAAAGACUUAACAUAUUCUCCCCUGCCACAAAUGAAGAUGGAGUUGAAUCAACUGUUGGACGGCCAACUCUAUGGGACUUAGACUUUGCCAAUCAGUUGUGUUUGGUGACCAACCAAAUGCCUCGCAACAGGUUUGAAGAAAUGAUCCAGUGGACUAAAGAGGGGAAAAUGUGGCAGUAUCCAAUCAACAAUGAAGCUGGUCUUGAAGAAGAAGCCAGUGUCCCAUUCCAUGAACAUGUCUUUUUGGAGAAACACUUGGAAGAGGGCUUCCCCCGUGAGGGACCAGUGCGCCACUUCAUGGAACUUGUGGUGACGGGACUGUCCAAAAAUCCUUACCUGACAGUGCAACAGAAAAAGGAGCACAUCUCCUGGUUCAGAGACUACUUCCACCAAAAGGAGGAUGUCCUCAGGGACGCUGACGUUUUCUUAAACUAAAUUUUGCAUUGUUAUAUUUGUUAAUAAUUGUUCAAUGUUUGUUAAAUGUGGUCACAUAACAGACAAAUGUUUGUUUUCUCAACAGGGCUGUGCGACUAUGAAUAACAUUAACCAUAUAUUCAGCACAGUUUUGGUUUGUGUCUUCACUCAUUAGCAGAGAGGACUGUGCCACUGUCACAUAGAAAAUAUCUUUUUUGUUUUUUCUUAGCAUGGAUUUAUGAGAGGGAAAUUAAAGGACGAAUGUGAAACGUUGCUGUUCUUGUGCAAAGUAUGCAAACAAAAGAGAAAAGCAAAGGAAUUUUGACUAUUAAAUAAUCAGUUGCCAAGAUAGUUGGUUUCCAUUUUUGUGUAAUUUAGUGCUGUUGAAAAAAUAAAAAAUGGGUUAGGGUGAGAGGUCUGACAAACA